GCUUGUUCUACCAACGACCUUUCCCUAGUUCACUCUUGUUGCAUAUAAAAGAUGUCUCUCUCUAGCUCUUCAAGCAAGUCUGAGUCUGUGCUGCUGAGUAACCAAACACCUGUUGAGUUUCUUACUGAAGCAGGCAGUAAACUGAGUCUGAGUGAAGAAGCGAUAUGCACUGCUGCUUACUAUUACCACAAGUUCAACUCCACCAUGACACUGACACGCUAUGACAUCGGUUUGCUGCUUAUGGCGACACUCAAUUUGGCAUCAAAAGUUCAAGAACAUUCUAUUAAACUGGGGGACGUAGUCAACGUUUGUCACAGGUGUUGGCAUAAAGAGGAGCGUCCACUGGAGAUAGGAGACCUCUACUGGCAGCUCAAGGACAGUGUUGCUAGGUACGAGCUGCUCCUGUUGAGGGCUCUCAAGUUUGAUGCCCAAGUCAAACUACCUCAUUCAUAUUUGCUCCACUUCCUACUGGCCAUGUCCCGCUGGGUUGAUGAGAGGGUGUGGUCACGCAGUUAUGUGACACGAGUGGCAUGGGCUCUCCUGCAAGACAGUUUCCAUAGCGAUCUGUGUCUACGCUACCCACCCGUCACCGUAGCAACGUCUGUGCUAUACGCAGCGGUACAUUGCUGUGAACUGGUCAUACCUUGUGAUCCUCACAGCAAGCCAUGGUGGAGCGUGUUUAGUCCUCGAGUUAGCCAGGAAGAACUAAAACUAAUAAGCGCUAGGAUUCUGAAACUUUAUGAUUAGUUCAUUUUAUUAUCUGUUCAUAAUAAUUAUACAAAAGUACAAGUACGGUGUUUGACAAUAAUUAUAUCGGGAGCCUAUAAUAAUUUUUUAUUUAUGGGCUCCUGAUUAUCGGCUGUAUAUCUAUUUACAAGUAUUUGACAAUU